AUGACUGUCCCGAACGUGCCCAACUGGGCCCGAGUUAUCCUUCUCAUCGCCAUCUGGACCUCUUUCGGGCCACAGCUGCAUCGUCUGAAGCGCAAGAAGGAGAGCUCGGGCAUUUCCCUCUGGUACAUCCUUUUCAACCUCCUUAAUGCAACCGAGCAGCUCGCCUUCUCUGUUUUCUUCUCCGUGAACGAUGAGAACGGGGUAUUUACCCACAAGUCCCAGACGACGGGGGACUGGAUCAACCUUGUUCAAUUCGCGGGCGUUUUCGUGCUUUGGUUCACCAUAUCCGGCCUGUCUCUGCGCCUUCCUUCUGACGACACCCGUCGUUGGCCUAAGAUAACAUCAUCAACCAUUUUCGGCGUCGCAGUGGCCGCGGUCGUGCCGCUGUUUGUUCCUCGCCCCAGCAGUGAGCCGGAAGGCUCGUCCGCCCGCGAUGUCGCGUCGCUCUUCUCCUUCAUUCACUCCAGGUUCUUGUUUCCCAUCAUCACGUUGUUGUCUCUUGUUUCUCUGGUCCCACAGGUGAGGACGACCCGGUCUCGCCCCCAUCGAGGAGCUCUGAGUUUGUCGGGCCUGGCCGUUCAGGGCGUUCUGUUUCUGCUCGACGCUUUCGCGUGGGUUGGUCGGCUUGAGUUCCCCUGGGACGAGUUUGAUGGGUCAGAGUCGAGCUGGAAGGCUUUGCUAGAUUGGUAUCAGGGGGUCGGCUGGGUGCCUGUCAACAAUGGAUUUUCUGCUAUUGUGAAGAUGCUGAUUCUCUCCCUCACGAUCCGACAUUGGUGGCGAAGGGACCGCCGCGAAGAGCGAUCGGGUGAAACCGAGCCUCUUCUUGCGUAA